GGCACACUUUGCAUAAUGGCCAACUCAGAAUUAAGCUUCAAUAAAGUCAACAUCAUCUCGCAUUCAAACAUCAGACUGAGUAGCACCGAUGAUCCGGAGAACCUCUCCUCUGUGCUAGGUUAUUUUCAUCUGAGAACGAACUUGACGCGCCUAAUCUGUGAAUAGGUUUCGAUGUCCAGACAAUAUUCCACUUAUCUGACCAACUAUAGCCCACCACCAAGACGUUGACUCUGUGUCCGCCACUUAACGCUGAUGUACUCUGAAGGCUAUGGCUUACCUUGACGGUUAAACCGGGACACAAUAUCAAUAUCUUCCUACCUUAACGGUCUAUGAGCCGGGCAAUAAGACCGGGCCAACGACCUCAUCCCGCAACGUCCUCCUCCCUGCUUCCCUUUCUCCCUUACUCCCCUUUCCCCUCGCCCUCUUUACAGGCUUCGUAUAUGACGCGACCUCAGUAGUCGUAGGUUGACCAAAAACAACAAGAUGCUCGCCAAACUCCUCUCCCUGCUGACCAUCAGCACAACCCUAGCAUCCGCUGCCUCCUACCAACUCCGCACCUACGCCCCCUCCGAACCAAAAGUCCACGACAAGCUAGUCAACGUCGAAGAUGAACGCUUUUGGAUCGGCCUCGAGAGACCGACGACAUGGUGCCCUGACUUCAGCGGCGCAGCCUGCCCAGAAGGCAACACCACUGUCGUAGACGGCGUCUUUGGCAGGCUCAAGUCCAUGAUGUCCCACGGCCAACUAGUCUACCUCGACCCCUUUGGCGUAAUAAGCUACACCGCAGGCGACGCCCGCACCUGGAUGACCAUGCCCGGCGGCUCCAACGUCAACUGCUUCAACACCGUCAUGAUCUGGGACCCCAAGGACGCGACCAAGAAGCUCCGGCUGCUAAAGUUCAUUAACCUCGGCGACCCGGCCGCGUCCGCGAGGCCGUUUUUCUAUUCGUGUCCGAUGGAGGGCAAGAAGUACUCGUUUGUAAGGGUGCGGUGGACGUCGCAGCAUGAGCAUCGGGAGUGGGGUGUUGAUUGGGACAGUCAGUGUACGGCUAUGGAGGGGUUGAUUCUCGUGGAGAGUAAGGUUGAGAUUGGGGCGUAUCAGUAUGUUUGAUUCCUCGGUCAGUGUUGUGACGGGGGAGGGUGGGCUGGUGUGGUGAAAAGGGGUGCAUGGAGUUACGGCAAUGCUGUAAUGACUGAUGUUAAUCAUUCGAGACUUUGUGCGCCGCGAUGGGGAUCUCCAGUUUACUCAGCCACGUGAAAAGCACA